AUGGAGAUCUCCUCUGACACCUCUGGCCUAGCUGAGGGGGGUGACCUCGCUGCUGACGACACGGCGGCGACUCGCCGCUCCCCGCAUUUGGAGACCCCUCCUGGUUUUCCGCCUCGGCCGUCUUCGCCGCCUCCGCAGCCUGUCGCUGUAGACUCUGGUGCUGCUAUGGGUGGUGAGACUGGGGGUGCGGACUCUAGAGGUGCUGGUCCUGAGGUUGCUGACUCUAGGGGUGCUGAGUCUGGGGGUGCUGGAUCUGGGGGUGCCGGUUCUGGGGGUGCUGACACUGGGGAUGCUGCGAGUCCUAGUGGUGGUGGAGUCGUGGGUUCUCCUGCUGGGGGUUCUAACGUUGGACAGCAGCAGCAAUCUCGUCGACAGGAGACCCUCUCGCCGCAGCAACUUCGCGACUGGGUUGUUCGGCGGGGCCGGGUUCCUGGAGCUUGGAGUACGGGUGCUGGAGGUGCUAGAGCUGGAGAUGCUAGAGGUACAGGAGCUGCUGGUACUCGAGGUGCUAGAGCUGGAGGUGCUGGAGGUACUGGAUCUGCUGGUGCUCGAGUUGCUAGAGCUGGAGGUACUAGAGCUGCUGGUACUGGAUGUGCUAGAGCUGGAGGUGUUGGAGGUACUGGAGCUGGUGGUGCUGGAGAUGCUGGAGCUGCUGGUGCUGGACGUGCUAGAGAUGGAGGUGCUGGAGGUACUGGAGAUGCUGGUGCUGGAGGUGCUAGAGCUGGAGUUGCUGGGGGUACUGGAGCUACUGGUGCUGGAGGUGCUAGAGCUGCUAGUCCUGGAGGUGCUAGAGCUGGAGGUGUUGGAGGUAUUGAAGCUGCUGGUGCUCGAGGUACUGGAGCUGCUGGUGUUGGAGGUACUGGAGCUGCUGGUGCUGGAGGUGCUGGAGCUGGAGGUACUGGAGUUUCUGGAGUUGGUGGUACUGGAGGUACUGGAGGUGCUGGAGCUGGAGGUGCUGGAGCUGCUGGAGGUGCUGACGGUACAGGUACUACGCCGCAACGACCGUUUUUCUACCCACAGCCACAGUCGUUCCUACCAACGCCUGACUCGGCACUUCGGCAGGUUCUUAGUCUUCUGUCUUCCGCUGGCCUUACUCCUCCUCUCCUGUGUCCUCCGCCUGACCAGUCACAGCCGCAGUUACUGCCUUGCUCUCCACUGCCUGCUCCUUCUCCCUACCUUGCACAGACAUGCUCCCUGGCAGAGCGUCGUGAGCCUGAGUCUCGUCCUGCCUCCCCUGUUCGUCCUCCACCUGUCCCCGUCACGCACGCUAUGGCACUUCGUCCUUCCUCUGUUCCACAGCAUGUUGCUCUACCGUCUCCUCCGGCGUCCUCUCUUCCGGACGUUCUUGACCCUGAGUCCGACCUUGCUCGUGCUGCUAGUCCUACUGUCACUCGUUUCCUAGCCACUGUUGUCACUGACCCUUCCUUUGAAUCUACUGUUGCGUCUGCCCUAGUCACUGAACUAGUCGACUUUGCUGCUACCCAUCGUCUCGACAAUGUCGUCAGUCUUGUUACUGAGUCUGAGUCUGUCUGUCCUCCGUCCGUCGGGGGUGAGCUUGCCCUUGGCUAUGACAUCCUUGAGGACAUGCAAUUUGAGCUCGAGUGUCUCGUGGCCAUUUUACCCCGUUUCGCGUCCAUGCUGCUCUGCCCUGAGGGAGACCCGAAAGUAGUGGACAUCCCCACCCCGCGCUCCUACGUGGAGUCGAUCACGGGUCAGUACUCCUCUCAGUGGCAGACAGCCAUGGACGCAGAGAUGGCGUCCUGGAAAUCCACAGGCACCUACGUUGACGAGGUUCCCCCUCCUGGGGCGAACAUAGUCGAUGGCAUGUGGAUUUUCAGAGUGAAUUGGCCGACAGGUUCUCCGCCUGCCUUCAAGGCGCAUUAUGUUGCUCGAGGCUUCAGUCAGCGACAGGGGGUUGACUUCUUCCGGAACUUCUCCCCCACCCUGAAGAUGACCACUCUUCGGGUGUUACUGCACGUUGCAGCACAGCGUGACUACGAGCUGCACUCCCUCGACUUCUCCACAGCUUUCUUGGAGGGCAACAUUCACGAGGAGAUCUGGCUGCGCCACCCACCUGGCUUCACUGGGUCGUUUCCUGAGGAUACCCAAUCGAGCCUCCGGCGGCCAGUCUACGGUCUCCGCCAAGCACCCCGCGAGUGGCAUGACACACUGAGGACGACGCUUGCGGCUCUUGGUUUUCGCUCCUUUGACAGAUGA